AUGAUUGGAUUAUCAACUACAUCCCCAGCAUAUAAUGCUAUGGUGUCAUUAGAAAAUUCAACAAAAGGUAGUUCAAACACAGUUAUCGUUUAUAAACCAAUCUCAGACUUUAUAGUAUUACCAGAUGCAGUUUUAACCGAUGAUGAAGUUUUAAAACGUCAAAAAGAAAAAUUAGAAACAUUAAUGUAUUCAACAAAAGAUGCAAUUACAAUUGAUUCAAUUUUUAAACAUAUUGUUAACAAACAAAUAGAUAUUAUUAAAGAAUUUUAUAAGCUUAUUAAACAAGACGAGUAUGAAUCAAUGUCAGAACUAAUUAUAACUUUUUCAAUUGGUUGUAAUAAUGCAUUAAGAAUCUUAAGAUAUUUUAUAAAUUCAGAUAUUAAUGAAGAUAUUAAUAAUGUUAAUAGAAAUUAUUCAUUCUCAUCACUAUUAAUUUCAAAUUUUUUAGAAAAAAUUGGACAGCAAUAUAUGAAGGAUAUAUUAAGACCAUUUAUUUUACAAGUUAUUCAAGAUAAGGCUAUUAAUUUUAAGAAUGAUUUAGAGAAUAUAGAUUCACCAUUAAAUUUUGGUGUAAACCAAUUGGGAAAUUUGGUUAAUUGGAGUAAUAGGCUAAGUGAAUUAAUUUGUAGCCAAGAUUCAUUAGAUAAAAUGCCAGUUCCAAUCAAGAUUAUUGCUAUGUUUUUCAACGAGAUUUGGUUACAAGAUGACAGCAAUCAAGGUGUUGCAAACUUUUUAAUUAAUAAGGUUUUUGCCCCAGCCCUAGUUACACCCGAACUUUAUAAUUUAGUACCACCACAGGUUCAUCUUAGUAGUAGAUCAUUAUCAAAUCUCGAGGUUUUAGCAAAAGUUUUAUCAUCAUCUUUAACUGGAUCCAAUUGGGAAUAUCAAUCAUUAUUUGAAACAAACAGUACAAUGGCAUCAUUGAAGCAAUCGAUUAAAAGCACCUUUAAAGAAAAUCAAUAUUUCAAAUCUGUAUUGUCAGCACGUUUCUCAACACAAUCCUACCAAUAUACAAAUGAGGCCCCAAUGUCUCAAAUUCACUUUUUACAUAGAGUCCUUUGUACACAAAAAUCAACUAUUCGUCAAAUGUUCCAAUCUAUGGAUGAUGCCCAAGAGUUUGAAAAGCUAAUGGAUUUAAUUCCAGACUACAAUUCUAGAGUAAAUUAUCAAUUUUUAACACCUCAAGAGUCAAAAGCAGUUCGUAACUAUAUGGAUUCAAAGAAUGAAGAGGUUUCUUAUAUUAAUCAUGUACAAAAGAAAGGUAAGAAAGAUUUUGUUAAAAGAAUCCUUGUAGUUGGUGUAUAUCGUAUUGUAACUUUUAAACCAAAUGGUAAAUUGGGUAGAGAUGGCCAUAUCUUAGAUCUUUUAGAAAUCAAUAGUCCAAAUAACCAACAGUUCGAAUUAGUUUUCAAAAAUUUCCGUGUCCAUGUUACCUCUGAAGAAUGCGAUCAUAUUAUAACAUGUAUUCGUCGUGUUUAUGAAUAUUGCUUUAAUAAUUGGCCAUAUUCAUUAAAAAUGAAAUUAAAAAUUCAACCUACCUCACGUCUUGAAGCCAUUUCACCACCAGAUCAUACACCAACUACUGCUAUGGCAAGUGCAUAUAAAGCUCUAUGCUCUUAUUAUAACAUACCUGUUAAGCAAACUAUUGCAUGGUAUAUCGAGCAUGCUUUCAAAGACCCAAAAUAUAAAGCUUUCAACCUCAAAAUGUUCACAAAGCACAAUAGAGAAUUACCAACCAACCAAGAAUUAAUACCAUUGAUCCACUCACUUCGUUAUGAUUGGUUCUUUGAGGAAUUCACCAUUAAAGAAUAUAAAGUUGACUCAAAAGAUCUAAUCAGUGAAAUUAUAUCAAUGCUUUCAAGUAACUCAACCAUUACCUCGUUGACCCUCUCAAAUCUUUCAAUGGCAAGAGAAUCAAUGGCCAAUAUUUUCGAUGUUAUUCAAAAUCAAAAAUCAUUAAAAUUAAGAAAAUUAAAUAUCAGCAAUAAUGUAAUGGAUGAUAAGUCUUUAAACUCAUUCUUUUCAUAUUUACAAUAUGGUGAAACCAAUCAAUUAGAAACUUUAAAUAUCUCCUCAAUCAAUAUGAAUAUUCAGCAUAUUAGAUCUUUUAUAGACUCACUUCGUAGAGGUAAUACCAAGUCACUAACUAGUUUAAAUCUCUCUGGUAAUAAAAUCGGUGAUAAUGGUUACGAAAUUUCAAGAUGGUUAACAAACGAAGGCUCAAACAUAAAGCAAUUAGAUCUUUCAGAUACAAUGCUAAAAAUCAAAUCAUUCCAAUUAAGUGAUGCCAACUCAUCAAUUGAAACACUCGAUUUGUCAAAGAAUUUAUUUAGAAUUAAAGAUGACAUUCAAUCACUCUCAAAUGUAUUACUAUAUUUACCAAAAUUAAAAUCAUUAAACUUAAACAAAACUAUGAUUCCUUCAGAUUCAAUUAAAGAUAUCCUACAAUUUUUAAUAAACGAUAACCAAGAACUAUCUCAACAAGUACAACAACUACAAAUUACAACACAGCAACAACAAGUAAAUAAUUUAAAGAGAACAUUUAAUCAAUUAAUAAUCUCUGAAAACUCGAUUCAACGUCCAUUAAUUACAUCAAUGAUUGCCACUAACGCCAUAAAUUACAUCAAGGUAUUAGAUUUCACAGAUAAUGAUUUAACUGAUGGAGGUAUUAAAGAAUUAGCAAGAGCACUUUAUGGAAAUCAAAUGAUCACCACCUUAAAUAUUAACGGUUGCUUCAGAGGCUCACCAGGUAAACAACGUAGUAAAGCAAUUUUGGCAUUAUCAAAUUAUAUCUCAUCAUCAUCAGCAUUACAACAAUUAUUAAUGAGAGGUGGCCAAAAAACAAAUCAACAAUUACAACGUUGUAUUAUACCCUUCCUUUUAUCAUUAGGUAAUACCCAUACUCUUAAAAAAUUAGAUAUCUCUGGUCAUCAAAUGGGUAGCCCCGGUGCUGUAGCUUUAGCAAAAAGUAUCAUCUUAAAUACAAGUAUUAGUAGCUUAAUUAUAGAUAACAAUACAAUUGGUACCAUAGGUUAUGCAAAUAUUAAAAACUCUUUAAAACAAAAUUAUACAAUCAAAGAAAUGCCAAUACCAUUUUUCGAUUUAUCUUUAAUUUUUCAAAAUAGUGGUGCUUCUUUAAUCGAACAAAAAAAACUAAGAUCAUUAUUAUUAAAAAUUGAAAAUUAUUUAUCUAGAAAUCAAAGUUUAUAAAUAAAAAUAAAAUUGAUCAUUUUAUCAAAUAUGUUCCAGUUGGGUAUAUUUAUCAAAUCUUUUACUUCAAAAUUUAGCAAU